UUGCUUUCCCUAAAUGAUGAUUGGAUCCCCGUCUAUUAUUUUUAUCUUUUUCCAUUAUAUUUCCCUUUUACGUCUUGCUAAUAAAAUUUAUUUUGUCGAAUUUCAGAUCCAGAAAUACGAUUGCACCAUUUGUGACAAAGAGUUCUCACUCCCAAACCAUUGUGAGAGGCACAUAACGACUGUCCACUCUGGCUUCGGUCAUAAGUGCACCUCCUGUGGCAACACAUUUUCUAGAACGGAUCAAAAGCAUGGUUGUCCAGUGUCUUCAUUCCAACUAAUCAAAAAGUCAACUGGUACGUUCACUGGCGACGAGGCGAUUGAAUUCCAGACCUUCCAGAGGAACAGGUCGAAGUUCUGCAAUCCAGUUUCUGCCUCCAGUACCGUUAGUCCCGACACUUCCACUUCUGCAGCUUUAUCUGUGAAGCCAGCUUCUUCAAAAGCCUUGGAGAUCCCCCUGCCUGACCUUAAUAAAGACUUGGCUUUAUCAGAAUCGGACAAGAAUUCCAUUUAUUCCAAGACAACUCUUGUCUCCAAACGCUCCAAUCCUGAUCAGUUGUCCAUUCAUACAGACGGUGUUAUUGAUCCAGAACCCGAACAGGAGUAUGCUGUUCCGGACCUCCCUUCUUCCACUCCGUACAUACCUACCAAUAAGCUGUCCCUAAAGGUCAAAGAUAUCAUUGCAAAGCAGGAUGAGGUGGUAACCCUGAACAUUGGAGGGACCAUGUUCACCACCACCAGAGCCACACUGCGGGAAGAUCCUUCCUCGUUGCUUGCAAAUUUAUCAUCAAAACUGCCAUCAACACCUUUCUUCAUCGACCGGAAUCCAAAACAUUUCCCUUUCAUAUUAGACUUCCUGAGGAACAGCUGCUGUGUAUCAUCCAUCUCUAUUCCAACUUCUGUUACUGCUCUGAAGGAACUUUCUCAAGAAUGUGCGUUUUAUGAGAUUGACGUUCUCUGUAGAUUAAUUGAGUCCAUGCUCAAGUUGUUUUCACAUCAGUGAUGUUGUGCUGGAUUUGUGAUGCAUCUGAUGUGUA